CCCCCGCUUCACAAGCUUGGGCUGCCUUCUCCCCACCUCGACAGAGCACAUCCUAGCUUAUGCAUAAACAAAAAACUAUUUCUCUCUUGUCGCUGGCAACGUGAUUCUGCUUCUGCCUUUAGCUUCUACUCGCACUCACACGACCUCCAUCACCUGCAAGCUACGACCACAGCUGCCUUCCCACGAGAGCCUCAGCCCGCGCUAUCGCAGCCUCGAAUCUUACCAGCUAGUCACGCCGAGGCGGAAAAAAGACGCCAGGAUGACUUCAGUCGAGCAUUCGCCGCCCUCUCACAGCCCACCGGGCCCGGAUGCCAAACGGCCCAGAGGCAUCCUCAAAAACCCUUCUUUCAACACCGCACACUCUCCCGAAGAGUCUCGAAAAGAGGUUACCCUCGCAAACACCCAGAUCAACGCCGGACACCGACGAUCGUCCUCCGGAGCGGGCUCCCGCCGCCACUCCUCCAACAGCAUCACCGACCCGUCUGAUUCGGCCCAGCGUCUCAAGUGGGAUGAGGCCAAUCUGUACCUGACGGAGCAGGAGCGCACCUCGACUAUGAAAAUUACCGAACCAAAGACUCCCUAUGCGAAACACUACGACCCGACAGAAGACCCCUCCGACGACGAAGAAGAGGCACCGGCUGGCCUGGACGGUGCUCCUUCUGGUCGCAAGAAUCAACGUGCUGGCGCUGAAGACGACAUUCCGGGCCUAUCGCUGGGCGAACCAGAGGAAGAAAUCCCGGAGAGACCGGCGCCGGCGUCGCGCAGCUCCAGCGAAAAGACGGUCCAUGUGGACAAGGAGAGUGUCACCCCCUCCGCCGAAGAGGAGAUUGUGGGGCUCUCCCCCGAAGAAAGGGAGAAGCACCGCAAGUUCGAGGAGAUGCGGAAGAAGCACUAUGAGAUGAAGAGCGUAGCGCACAUUCUGGGACACCCGGAGGCGAUUCCAGAUGAUGAGGAUGAGGAUGAUGAGGAUGAUGAGGAUGAUGACGAGAAUGAGGAAGAGAAUGGAGUCCCGCCUGUUCCCCCCUUGCCUACAAAUCUUGUCAAUGGGUCAGCGUAGUUGAAAGAGAAGGGCUUUACCACGCAAGCC